AUGGUUGAUCCGUACGGACGGGAUGAUCAAUUUAGAUGUUGUAUGUACUUUCACGUAAGGACUGGAACCAUUGUUUUGGGUGUUCUUCACAUCCUAUUACAGUUGGUGGUUGUAUCCACUCUUCUUAUGGUUGCUUUGAAGCACGAUGUGGCCACUAUUAAAUCGCCAUUCAAUGCAGCUGCCACCUCCAAUUGCCAACCGAAAAACCCACCGACAGACAUAUUCUACAUGCUUAUGCACAUAGUUCCUGGAUUUACAAUUUUCCACCAAUCGCACUCAGAUAUGUCCACUCGUCUUCGUUUCGCCAAUCGAACGGAGCUUAAGAAAGUUCCUCUCACGCCAGACUCGAUCGAUCCAAGUACCCUACUCGAUUACAUUAUCAGUGGAUUUGAAAUACCUCCCAAGUACGAAAUAGUUGAAGUUGCUCCGCCCACGGAGGAUUCGGCGUCAAGUGCAAAAAGGGAAGGACUUAAUAUCGUUGGUUCUAAGUCGCCUCCCAACCAGCGUUGCGUAGAUCGUCGCACUAAUGCCUAUUUCUCUCUCUGCCUUGCUCUCAUUUCACUGGCAUUUGGCUACCUUCUGAUCCACGGUGUUAUUUCGCGUCAACCUGCUCAUCUGCUGCCAUUUUUCUGCCUCCAAGUGUUCGAUUUUGUCGUUGCUCUGAUAUGCAUGCUGGGGUACAUGUCAUCCGCUUCAGACAUCAGCCAUUGGCUCAAAUUCAAAAUCGCUAGCCACGAAGGUGUUCCUGCUUCGUCGGUCCACUUGAAUUCUACAUCUGUUUCGCUUAUUCUGAUCUCGGCUUCUUGUCUCAUCCUCGCCUUCAAAGCUUACUGCAUCGGCAUGGUGUGGGAUUGUCAUCGCUAUCUCCUGUUUACGAAUCGCCAUGGUAUUCUCACUGGAAUGUCCUUUUCGGCAGCUCCCAGGUUCCCCUUCGGCUUGUUUGGUCGACGUCCGCUCGUGCUUUUUCGCCGGAAUCGUCGUGGGAGCAGGGGAGGUAGCGCUGGGAACGACCUAACCACUGCUAGCGGAUUGACAACGGGAGUGUUUGCUGAUGGAAUUAUAACGGAGCCUCCAAAGGAUUCGGAACUCCCCAAGUAUGAGGAAGCCCUGAGUAUUCCUGCGAAUGCCUACGCACCACCACCGUAUUUCGCGGGUAAACCAACGUCAACUUCACCUGAUAGCACCAAAGUAAAUCUGCCAACUUCGAGCGUCGAUAAAGGACCAUCAUCGGGUCCGGCUGACGUGUAA